GUUAAAAUGUAAAUAUUGCAAAAUACAUGCAAUAAAGCGUUGUAUUACACAGGGUGUAUGAGCCAGCUAGUGAGGUGAGGUGUUUUAGCCAGCUAAUCUAUAAUUUUAAUAAGCUAUUGUAUAUUUGUAUGCACCAAAAAACAAACAAACACACAUGGUUAAAUGAGACCAUCUACACCACAUGACAUACUGGAGCCAAGCCCUGUAGUUUGUGGUUACAGAUUACUAUCCUGUCAAUCCUGGCAGACAGAGAAAAAAAAACUUAUUUGUACUGUACUGUGAAUGUUUGUUUUGUUUGCUGGGAGAACAGCAUAAGACUGGUGUGGGUUUAAUUUGAAAUAUAUGUACAUUGCAUUUUUUUUUAAAGUUAAACCCUUUGUUAACCUCCACAUUGUCCAAAAUACUGAGGGCAUGUUUUAGUAAAAUGUGUUAUUUUUGUGUAUUUCAACAUGUAAACUAAUAAAAAGAAACGUAGACUGGGUGUGUUUUCUUCCUGCGCCACUUGGGGCGCUGCCGGGCACGUUCAGGCAGACUGAUCAUAUGACACCGUCCCACUUCCCUUCCUAGCUGGACACAACGCCACAUCUGACAGGGAGGGAGAGACAGAUACAACCACAGGGGAGUGUGAACACCGACCUCAAGAUGCUGGCACUAAUAAACCGGCUUCUGGACUGGUUCAGGUCUCUGUUCUGGAAGGAGGAGAUGGAGCUGACGCUGGUUGGCCUCCAGUACUCGGGGAAAACAACAUUUGUAAACGUGAUCGCUUCUGGGCAUUUCAGUGAAGACAUGAUCCCUACAGUUGGAUUCAACAUGAGGAAGGUCACCAAAGGAAACGUCACCAUCAAGAUCUGGGAUAUAGGUGGGCAGCCGAGGUUCAGGAGCAUGUGGGAGCGGUACUGUCGGGGAGUUAAUGCAAUCGUGUACAUGGUUGAUGCAGCAGAUCGAGAAAAGAUGGAGGCAUCUAGAAAUGAGCUUCACAAUUUAUUAGACAAACCUCAGUUGCAAGGAAUUCCUGUGUUGGUACUUGGUAACAAAAGGGAUCUUCCCAGUGCUUUAGAUGAGAAGCAGCUCAUUGAAAAAAUGAAUCUCGCAGCUAUUCAGGACAGAGAGAUAUGCUGCUACUCCAUUUCCUGCAAAGAGAAAGACAACAUUGAUAUCACACUUCAGUGGCUCAUCCAGCACUCAAAAUCCCGGAGGAGCUGAAAAAGCAGGAGUUCUUUUUCCAGCUGUGUUUGCCAUGUUGCUGUCACGCCACACCCCCCGUCACUCUGCGAUUAUCUACAGUCUUAUCUUCAACUCACAUGCUGCUGAUGUUCUGCUCGUGUCACACAAUGUUUUCUCCCCCACGUUUCACCCUGUGAUCUUUCACAAACCCUGAGCAAUGCACUACUAAAAAUGUGAUUCUGAGACCAAAUUUAAGAUGCGUAAUUGGCAUUAUACGUCUUACAUGGAGUAAGAACCUAAUUUCUGAGCUACCUUUUACCAUUCAGGCCCUACCUGGUUGAUCAUACCCAUUGGUUUAUAACACUAAUCUUGGGUAUACACCCUCCUGAAGAAGGGUUGAUUCUGUCAAACAGGCCUAGCAUAACGGGAAAUGUUCCUCACACAGUCAGAUAUGAUGCCAGGAGAUGGCUGAUGUGGACAUGCAGGUUUUCCCCAUUUAUGUCGAGCUCUGUGCUGCGAUUGUCUUUGAUGACUGUCACCUUUCAUUUUGAUCAUCAUUAGAUGAUUGUUUCAUCUUUCAAGGACAAGUCUAUUGUUUUAGAAAACUGUGCAUUUAAGCAAUUGAAGCAGGUCUGUACAAAUAUCAUGCUAGUAUGAUUUUUACUGAUGUGAGAUGUGCGUGUAUGAAUAUAUGAUUCUAUUUAAAGUCUGAAUGUACUAAAAGUAUUUAGCUGUACGGGGUUGUGCGGUUCAUAUUGGCCUCUGUUUAUAAGUAGCCUCAGUGGAUUGAUGUCCUUUGUGCUGCCUCGAGGCUGAGAGAGUGGCAGAAUUUAAAGUGCCUUGUGCAAUGUCUCUCACCUCUGAAGAAAAGCAGCGUGCAAGGUGUGCCUACCUGAGUAGAGUGGGGGGAAAAAACACCACUUCAAUAUAUUCAAGAAAUAAAAAGGCAUGCUUUUUAAUUUA